UUUUUGGGGUUUUUCUUAUUUUCAAUUGGAAAAGGAUAUCUAUUUAAAGUGUAUAUAAACCGAAAGAUCAGCAAAAUCAAUUUCUAAUCCAAACAUAAUUGAAUACUCCUUUGAGAUCAGAGGGGAAAUAACUCAUCCAGAAGUUCCUCAAUUUUCCUCUCUGCAAUUUCCUUCAACAAGCUGUCAUGGCACUUGAAUGCUUCACAUGGACUACAGAACUGUUGGGUUCACUACUUCAUACAAUAUGUAGAGUUGAUGAUGGUGGAACUUUUGAAUGUUUGCCCGAUUGUCUCAUCAUUGAUAUUCUAAGUAGGCUUCCCCCACAUUCUUUUCUUAGAUGUCGAUGGGUUUGUAGGCAUUGGAGAGCUUUGGUCUCAUCACAGGACUAUUUUACCACCUUACAUGAUGAUCUCUGUAGAGCUAGUAGACCCAUGCUUCUCAUACAGGAUCAUUUUGCCAAGCACGGACAGGAUCUUUAUGUUUUUGGUGAAAACAAGAGGAAGAAGAAGAAGGCCGUCUUUGAGAAAUUUCAACUUAGACCUGAGCUUAUGAUUAAUAAUCCCCAGGCACAUCACCUUAUUCUUCUAUACUCUUGUCAAGGAGUUCUUCUCUUUGGGGACUUAAGGUGGAAGUCAACUUCUUAUGUUUUCAACCCAAUAACACAAGAGGAAGUAACUGUACAACGUACACUCUACCCCGGCUACUUAUGCGCUCUUUACUUUUGUCCAUACACAAGACAAUUCAGAAUUCUUUACGCGCAAGUACGAGGCACUUCUUGUCAAUAUUUCAUAUAUAUUUUCAAGACGCAGACGAGGAGGAAAAUCCAUUCGUCCUACUCUUUCAACUUUUUGCCAUCCGGUGACAAUCCGGCAGUAGUUAAUGGAGCAUUGCAUUGGAUCAUGCACCACGAUUUAGAAAGGAAAAAUAUUCCUCCUUGUGAAAAAGGAAUAAUGGUUUUCAGAAUGGAUAAAGAAGAACCCUCUGCUAUGCCUCAUCCUGGAAGUACUGUGUGCAAGUCAAAGCAAGUGCAUCGAACUAUGACUCUUUUGGUGAAGGAUGAUUUUUUAUCUUUCUGUAACUUGCUUGUCCCCGAGUAUGCUGUGGAUAUAUGGAUCUUGGAGGACUAUGAGAUGAGGGCGUGGAUCAAAAGGUACAAGGUUAAUCUCUUUGAUAAGAUAAUUUUCCCUUUUAGUUUGUGUUUCAUGGAAAUUCAAUCGCUUAUUGGCGACAGCUCUAGUCAGAUGAAACUUUUGAACAUCCAAGAAGGUGAACUUUUGCUUCACUUGCAGGCUGAUGGAGGGUUAUUUCUUUAUCAUUUAGAUCAUAAAACUGUGAAGAAAAUUGAAAUGCCGCGACAGAAAAUGUCGUUAUAUACGUGCACGCCUUAUAUGAAGAGUUACCUGGCAAUAGCCUAACUCCCUCGUUAUUAUUA